AUGACAGAGUGGGAAGGAAUGUUGAUGUAGAGAAAUGAAGAAAGGGAUUGCUCUAUAUCAAUUUGAACUUUUUAUAGAGUAAAAUACGCCCAUUCUAAAUACGCGAUUCUUAAUUUUUUAAUUUUAAAGUUUGUAAAUAAAAAUAGAAAGAACUUUCUUUACAAUACAAAAAAUGGCAAGAACUUCCCUUACAAAUCAAAAAAUGGCAAGAACUUCCUUUACAAAACGAAAAAUGGCAAGAACUUUCUUUACAAAACGAAAAAUGACAAGAACUUUCUUUACAAAACAAAAAAUGGCAAGAAAUUUCUUUACAAAACAAAAAAUGGCAAGAACUUUCUUUACAAAACGAAAAAUGGCAAGAACUUUCUUUACAAAGCAAAAAAUAACAAAAACUUUCUUUACAAAACAAAAGCAUCUACUUAUCAUAUAACUUUUCACCCGCAGUCUGCACAACCAUAACAUAGCUUAUUACCAUUAUAAUGCCAAGAACUUUACAAAACCAAAAAUUUGCAUGAACUUUCUUUACAAAAUGCUUUUCACCGCAUAACUUGUAACCUGCAGCCUUUGCACUACCAUAACACAGCUUAUUAUCAUCAUAAUGGUAGUGAGUUUCUUUACAAAAAACACAAUAACAAGAAAUUCCUUUACAACUCAAAAAAUGGCAAGAAAUUUGUUUACAGAACAAGCAAUGGCAAGAACUUUCUUUACGAAAUAAAAAAUGACAAAAAGUUUUAUGAAACAGAAAAUGGCAACAACUUCCUUUUAAAAAUUUUUAAAAAAUCAAGAAAACAUUAAUUUUCUAAAAAAAUAUUUUCAGACAACUAGUCCAAUCAUCCGACCAAGAGCUCCAGAAUCUACGGCAAAACGCUAAUGAUUCCGAAAUCAUCAAAGGUUUGGAAGAUCGGCUUCAAAAAGCAACGAAAGAAGCCGAUCUAGAACGCCAAAAGCUAUCAGAGCUUCGGCUAGCCAAAGAAAAAACUGAAGAAAAACUUCAGACUCUUCAAAACUCGCUACGUCAAUCUGAAAACGACAAAAAUGAACUUUUGGCCAAACUUCAAAAACUUGAAAAAGAAAUGACAUUAAAAAAAGAAGCUGAACAAGCCAAGGAAAAAAUGAUCAAAGAAAAAGAAGAACAAAUAGAACAAAUGAAAGAAAAAGAAGCCCAUAAUAUAGAAAAGAUAACAAAAUAUGAAGAAACUAAAGAAGAAUAUAAUGCCAUUUCAAAUGCAUUAAACCAAAUUGCCAGUACGUUGCAAGUAGCUCCAGAAUUAUCAAAAAUACUAUCAGAGUUAGCGCAACGUUCCACCAGAUUAAGCACUUUAGAACGACAGUUAGCUGAAGGUGUUCAAAAUGAAAAAUCAAUAGUCGAGAUGAAACAAGACAUUGAUAAAUUGAGAAAAGAAAAAGAGGCAAAUAUGAAGAAGUUAGAUGAAGCUACAAGCAGUUGUAACGAGCUGAGUACGAGGAUAGAAAAGAUGAGUACGGAGAAGAAGGAUGAAGUUGUGUUUUUGAAUAAUGAAGUCAAUCGGUGAGUAUAACAUAAAUUGUUAAGAAUUGGCCGUUAAAACUAAGCCUAUUUAAUCCAAGCCUACUAAGCCUUAGCCUACUAAGCCUAAACCUACUAAGCCUAAGCCUACUAAGCCUAAGCCUACUAAGCCUAAGCCUACUAAGCCUAAACCUACUAAGCUUAAGCCUACUAAGCCUAAGCCUAAGCCUACUAAGCCUAAGCCUACUAAGUCUAAGUCUCCUAAGCCUAAGCCUACUAAGGCUAAACCUACAAAGCCUAAGCUUACUAAGUCUUAGCCUACUAAGCCUAAACGCACUAAACCUAAGUUUACUAAUCCUAAGCCUACUAAGCCCAAACCUCAAAAACCUGACUAAAUUGUAAGCCUAUUCAAACUUUGAAAUUGCCCAGUACAUGAGCCCAACCUUAGAAAACUUAAUUUAUCUGACACGCAAUGAACAAUAAAUUCUUUCGGUGUUACAUAAUUCUAAGAGAUUAUCUAUCAUAGCCUUAGAGAAAUUGCAAGGAAUCGUGUUGCGCAACGUUUCUUAUGUAAUAUGUACGGUUUUAUGUCAUACUUGCCUCGAUGUAAAACGACCCAACAAAUGACUGCGAGUGCUGGGAUUUGGCUUGUUUUUCUGCGAGGGAUCAGCUUUUAUAUGCCAUGAAAUUUUUUGUGCUCUGGUGAUAAGAAAGUCAGUCCUAGUCUUAUAAAAAAUCAUUAAGCCUAUAAGUGUUAUGCUAAGCCUAAGCUGAAGCCUAAGAUAAAGCCUCACCUGACGCCUAAGCCUUAGCCUUAGCCUUAGUCUUAGCAUUAGCCUUAGCCUUAGCCUUAGCCUUAGCCUUAGCCUUAGCCUUAGCCUUAGCCUUAGCCUUAGCCUUAGCCUUAGCCUUAGCCUUAGCCUUAGCAUUAGCCUUCGCCUUAGCUCUAGCUCUAGAUUAAGCUCUAGCUUCAGCCCUAGCCUAAGGACUAGCCGAAGCACCAGCCUAGGCACUAGCCUAAGCACUAGCCUAAGCACUAGCCUAAGCUUCCGCCUAAGCUUACGCCUAAGCUUUCGCCUACGCCCUACUUUAAGCUUUACCCUAAAGUAUAGUCUGAGACCUAAGCCUUUUUCUAAGCUUUAAUCUGAUAGGUUCUAAACCUAAAGUUACAAAAUGUGCUUCAAUUUUUUUAAUUUUCAAAAUUUUCAGUUUAAAAUCCCGUGAGCUAGACCUCGAACAAGACCUGGACCGUUUCAAGAGAUCCGAGCAAUCGCUGAGCGAGCGUUUAAAGGCCGCCGAACUGGACUUGUCGCGCAAAAACAAUGUGGACACAGUGGCUAUCGACAAGAUCAAUAUGUUGGAAAGUGAUCUCGAGGAAAUGGGAAAACAGAACUCAGUUUUAAGGGAGAAGGCAUUGACCGAACAGAAACGAUUCGACGACGAAAUGAGAAAUGUAAGGUCUUUCGACGCCAUAAUGAACGUAUUUUACAAAAAGAAAAAGAGUUUUGGUUUGUAAAGAAAGUCCUUGCCAUUUUUCGAUUUGUAAAGAAAGUUUUUUCCCGUUUUUUGUUCUGUAAAGAAAAUUUUUGCCAUUUUAUGUUUUGUAAAGAAAGUUCUUGCUAUUUGUACCAAAAUAAUCUGUUUUAAAGUUUUUGCAGACUGCGCGUGACAAGUUAUACGAUUAAAGUUGUUUUUUGAUUUAUAAAGAAAUUUCUUGUUAUUGUUCAUUAACCCCGUUUCGUAUUUUACAAAAAACAUACUAGUUAUUUACCGUAAUGUAAUAUUGUUUUGUGAACCAGUUAAUAACCGACGUAAUUGCACGAAUUAUGUCAUGUAGCCCACUUGACGUCGCUUAUAUUAAAAGCGUUUUCUGUUUACAAGGGCUACUUUACUGUGUAGAUAACUAACUACACGUUUAUUUUUGAUUUCUUUGAAACCUUUUUUUUCUUUUUUUAAAGGUAUUUUUAAUCAUUAAAAAUGGCAAAAAAAAAGCUUUUCAUCGUAUAACUUGUCACAUGCAGCCUGCAAAUCCGAGAACUAGCUUGUAUUGAUAUAAAUGGCAAGAACUUCCUUUACAUAAUAAAAAAUAGCAAGAACUUUCUUUACAGAACAAGAAACCGCAAAAAUUUUCUUUACAAAACAAAAAAAUUCUUGACUUUUGUAUUUUACCUUAUAAAAACCAUGUUUGUCAUUUUUUGUUUUGUAAAGAAAGUUCUUGCCAUUUUUUGUUUUGUAAAAAAAGUUCUUGCCAUUUUUUGUUUUGUAAAGAAAGCUAUUACCAUUUUUCCCAAAGAUACUUACUUUCUAUAUUGUUUUAGAUGCGUGAUGAAAUGAUAGAGAACAUCCGCCGAUUGAGCGACCUGCUCGAAGCCGAGUCGAAACGCCUUCAAACGGCCAAUUCAGAACGUGAAACGCUGGCAAAAGAAGCCCAGAAUCUGAAGAAUGCCCUAAAUGAACAAAAGAAGCUUCUGGAACAAAAAGCGGAUUCAGAAUCCAAAACUCCAAAGACUGAUUCUGGACUCAAAGCACGAUGCGAAGAGUUGAUGAGAGAGAACGCGGAAUUAGCGGCCGAUUUAUUGAAAAAAGAGCGAAAUGGUACUGAUGGUACUUUGAGAGAAAUGGAACAUAAAUAUAUGAGUGAGGCUCAGAGUUGGCGAAAGGAAAGGAUGGCUUUAGAGAAUCAAAUUGAGGAAUUGAAGAAUGAAUUGAAUAGGUAUGAAGAUCAAAAAAUCAUACUUGUGCUAGUUUUAGCAUUGAAAAAUCGUAUUGUAAACCAGUUUUAGCCUAAGAACAUCAAAGAUAAUAGAUCAGUGAAAAAUGGUAAAAUAAGGUUGCACGGCCAAAAUGCAUAAUAUUUAACGUUUUUUGCCCAUAAAUUUCACGUUUCUGACCCAUAAAUAGGGGUGAGAAACGGGCCGUCUAGGCCCGGCCUUGAGCUAAAAUUGAAACGGGCCGGGCCUGAAAAUUGGGCCCGGGCCCGAAAAAAAAAUUUUUUAAUUUUUAAAAAUUUUCUAUUUUAAUCCCCGUUGAUGUUUUUUGAUUUUAUUGGGUACCAUGAUACAUAAAUGACCUAAUAAAAGAACAAUGCAAAGCCAAAUUUCCGUUUAUUUUUUAAGUUUUAAAAUUUUUAAAAUUUUUAAAACGGGCCGGGCCAAGAACUUUUCUGACCGGGCCGGGCCGGCCUGAGAGAAAAUUGAAAACGGGCCGGGCCCAAACGUUGGGCCCCGGGCCUGGGCCGGGCCUUAAAAGUGGGCCCGGCCCGGCCCUUUUCUCACCCCUACCCAUAAAGUUUGUCAGCUUGUUAAAUGCAUAAAAUUUAACGUUUCUUCUCCAUAAAUUUCACGUUUGCAUCCAUAAACUUCGUUUGCUUGCUAAAUGCAUAAAAUUUAACGUUUUGUGUCCAUAAACCCAUUUACUUUGGUAAAAAAACGUCACGAAAGGCAAAGUGAACGUGCAAUUUGAAGAUAGCGCAAAUUUAAGUUAGAGAGCAAAAGAAAAACAAGAAAAGACCACGAUUUUUGAGGAAAAAAUGUCUGGAAGCGCGACAAACCCAACCAUAAAACAAGUGACACAUGAAGCUGGGAUAUAAAAGCGAGGCCGGCUUUACUCACAGUGUUCAUUCCAAAUGGACAUAUACUAAAAUUGGAACAAUACAGAGAAGAUUAGCAUGGCCCCUGCGCAAGGAUGACACGCAAAUUCGUGAAGCGUUCCAAAUUUUUUGUCAAAUUUUGAAGUUUUUUAUAAUUUUUAAAAAAUUUAAAAUUCUACCCUACCCUACUGUAUCCUACCCUAAUAUUACAUUAAAAACCCCUCUUUUCAGCCUCAACAAUCCGAAGCCAAAGCCACGAAAAAUCAAUGGCUACUCCACGUUGCCUUCUCAUCCUUCCAUCCCAGCCAGUGAAACCUCGUCGGCCGAUGAAAGUACAGUAACCUUGGGUUCAAAUGGAACUUCGGAUAAUGUUCAUGCUGAAGUUGAACGUCAGAAGAGGUUGAUUAAUGUGUUGAGAAGGAAGCUACAACACCAACAAAUUGAACGAUUUCAACAGAGUCGAAGCUUCUGUGCUACUAUAAAGUAG